GCACUUUGGCAAUACUUCUAUUUCUCUAAAUCUUCAGUCAAAUUUCUCAAUAUAUAAAUCUUAGCAAUCUCUUACUCCAACUCUGCAAAUCUUAUAACCGCAUUAUUGUUAACGCCUUAUUUGCCAACACUGCUUCCCUUCUACUUUCUUCUCUCCGUGCCCAAGUCUCACUUCAAUCUUCCGUUUGCUAUCCAUUUCUUUCCCUACUUGGUCGAUUAAUUUUCCCUAUCUCGGUAUAUACUUCUAAUUUGAUCGCUAAAUAUACCUAUUUUUGCAUUCAAAAUCGAAAUUUCAAGAGCUACUUAGUUCAAGAAAGGGCUGUUUCAAUCAUGGCUGAGUAUUCCCCUAAAAUCGAGCCAUUAGCCAUUAUCGGCCUAUCAUUUAAGUUUCCUCAAGGCAUGGAAACUGCUGAAUCCCUCUGGGAGGGGCUAGCUAGCAAUCGAUCAGCCUGGUCACCAUUCCCUAAGAGCCGGUUAAACUUUGACGGUAUUUACGACCCAGAUACUGGAAGAUUGAACAGCUUUCCUCUGAAAGGUGCACAUUUUGUGGAUGGCGAUCUAGGCGCAUUCGAUGCUCCAUUUUUCACAAUCGGGCCUAAUGAAGCGGCAGAGAUUGACCCUCAAUCUCGUAUAUUGCUCGAAGUAACUUAUCGAGCGCUAGAAAAUGCGGGGAUACCAAUAAAUAAAAUAGCCAAUUCAAAUACAUCUGUAUACACGGGGAGCUUUGGAGAUGACUACAAAUCUUUCUUUACCAAAGACCCUCAAUUUGGUGGCCAGUAUUCAGAAAGCUCUGUGUCAACCAAUAUGCUUGCUAAUCGGAUCAGCUGGUGCUUUGACUUACGUGGUGAGUCCAUCAACAUGGACACAGCUUGUUCUAGUACUCUCGUCGCAUUUCACACCGCAUGUCAGAAGCUACGAAAUAAUGAAUCCGAAAUGGUUAUUGUAGCUGGUUCAAAUUUGUUUUUAAGUCCAGAUAUAGCUAUGUCAUUAAACAACCAGAAAUUUCUAUCACCAGAUGGAAGAUGCUGGAGUUUUGAUGAGAAAGCGAAUGGGUAUGGUCGUGGCGAAGGGUUUGGGGUGUUGAUAGUGAAGCGUUUGAGUGAUGCACUUGAGAACAACGAUACAAUACGAGCUGUCAUUCGAGCAACAGGAACAAACCAAGACGGACGAACGCCAGGUAUUGUUCAACCAAGUAGAAGUAGCCAAGCGCAGCUCAUUCGAGAUGUGUAUGAUAAAGCUGGUUUGGACAUGAGCCAGACGCACUAUGUGGAGGCACAUGGCACGGGAACACCUGUCGGAGAUCCAAUAGAGGCAGGAGCCAUUGCUGACGCAUUCAGUCACGCUCGCUCCGCUGAUUCUCCUUUAUAUUUAGGAACCAUCAAAUCGAACAUCGGUCAUCUGGAGGGCACCAGUGGUUUAGCAGGUCUCAUUAAGAGCGUUUUAAUGCUUGAACAUAGGAUGAUUCCAGGAAUCGCAGGACUCGAAAAUGUCAACCAUUCUAUCGCAGCAGAGCAUCCACAUCUAAAGUUUCCAAAAAGCCUCAUACCAUGGCCAUCAGAUGGCUUAUGUCGUCUGUCAAUCAACUCAUUCGGAUUUGGAGGCACAAAUGCCCACGUGAUAAUGGAGGAUGCGAUUGGUCAUCUCAAACUUCGAGAAGAGGUUCUUAUUCACAAACAGAUGAACGUAAAUUUGGAUUUGAGCUAUAACGUUCGGAGAAUUUUAGUGUUCUCAUCUCAAGACGAGAAUGGCGUCAAACGACUCGAAUCGGCAUACAACAUGCAUUGGUCCCGAAUGAGCAAAGACGAUUUUAGCGAUUCAUACAUGAACAGGCUUAGCUACACGUUGAGUAACCGAAGAAGCGCUUUCUUAUGGAGAUCAUUUGCAACAUUCAACUCCGGGAACGAUUUGAUAACUGGGAUCAAGUUUUCACAUGCCAUACGUGCCAUAUCUCAGCCACAUCUUGCAUUCUGUUUUACAGGACAAGGCGCUCAAUGGUAUGCUAUGUCUCGGGGAAUUCAGUCCAACGUUUUUAGACAAAGUCUUAUAGAGAUAUCUGAGCUUCUUGAGGAGAUGGGAUGUUUGUGGUCACUCCAAGCCGAGCUUUCACGGGAUGAAAAAACUUCCAGAGUGAAUAGACCAGAAUUUAGCCAGCCGAUUUGUACUGCAAUACAAAUCGCUUUAGUUGAUCUUUUAGAGAGUUUUGGACUUCGACCUUCUGUGGUAUUUGGACAUUCAUCCGGCGAGAUAGCUGCUGCAUAUAGUAUCGGUGCUCUAGAUAAACGCUCUGCUAUGAGUAUCGCUUAUCAUAGAGGGUUGCUAUCGUCUGAAAUAGCUGAAGAUAAAAGUAUUCAAGGCGGAAUGCUUUCAGUUGGUCUAUCUGCACAAGAAGUCCUGCCGUACCUCGCCAACGUCAAAGCCAAAUUUGGAUACUCUGGGAUUAUAAUAGGAUGCAUCAAUAGUCCUAGUAAUGUCACCAUUACAGGUGACAUCGAACAUAUAAACUACCUCCGUGAGACUCUCGGAAAAGAAAGUAUCUUCUCCCGGAAAUUGUUGGUUGGUGUCGCAUAUCAUUCCAACCACAUGAAUUCUGUGGCUUCAGCAUAUUCGGAGCAAUUAAGUAGCUUGUCUGCACGGGAACCCACAAGACCUACCCUCAUGAUUUCUUCAGUUACAGGAAAAGUGGUCAGCAGUGAGGAGCUACUUCAAUCAAGCUAUUGGGUUAAGAAUAUGAUAUCCCCGGUGAGAUUUCUCGAUGCAGUUACUUGUGCUACUUCAUUAUGCAUACCGGAAGACAUAAUGAUUCCGUACGAUAAUUUAAAAGACAGUUUCAAUGAUGUGCUGGAAAUUGGACCACACUCAGUAUUACAAGGGCCUUUAAAGGACACCUUCAAACAAUUGGGCAAGGCUCCGGCUAUAGAAUAUCAUUCCGUCCUGAUACGCAAUGUUGAUGCAACUACUUCGAUGUUUGAAGCACUUGGGAAUCUUUAUUGUCGUGGUCAUAGCCUAAAUAUUCAAGCUUUGAACGAUCAGAAUUCUAAGGGAACUUGUUCCCUAACUCCGCUAACAGACUUGCCAGAGUAUUCUUUUGACCAUUCAAGAUCAUACUGGCGUGAAUCUCACAUCAGUGAAGGUCAUAGAUUUCGCAAAAUUCCUCGCAAUGACUUCCUUGGGACUCCAGUACCAGACUGGAACCCACAGGAAGCCAAAUGGAGACGCCGAAUUAGACUCUCAGAGGAUCCUUGGAUCGAGGAUCACAAUAUAUCUAAUGCAUGCAUUCUUCCCGCAUCUGCUAUGCUUGUUAUGGCAAUAGAAGCAGCGAAGACAAUGGCUAAAUUGAGAUCUAAUAAACCCAUUUCUGGUUUCAUUAUUCGAGACUUCGUCGUGUCACGGGCGUUCACCAUUCCUUCCGAUUUAGAUGGAGCCGAAAUGGAAUUUUACUUUCGACCAUGCGGACUUGCUUCUGACCGAGAAAUAACCUGGUCAGACUUCCGAAUAUACACUCCCGAGAACAAAGACUGGGUCGAGUUAUGUCGAGGACAAGUCCGAGUAACCCAUAUGGAGGUUGAAAAUGAGGUUGACAAUGGAGUGGAACACUACUUGAAUGAUGAAUAUCAUCGAAUGGAACUCUUGCGUAUCCGCGCAUCCAGCUGCCAAGAAGUGGAUAUGGAAAGGUUCUACCCGAUCCUGAAAGAAAAUGGAAUUAAUUUUGGAUCCUCUCAUCAGACUAUCCUAAGUGGUGCAUAUGGUCAGAACAUGGAGUGCUUUGGUGAGAUUACACUCGAUAGUUGGAAAUUGAAAAAAAGAGAACUCCAACAAACAACUUUCACCAUUCAUCCUACCUCACUUGAUGGACUGUUUCAGCUAGGUCUAUUAGGUUUGGUGGGAAAGGCUACGAAGAUAAAUCCGAGUGUAAUAGUUGGGCUUCGCAAAUUAUGGAUCGCCGAAGGAAAGAUCAACGUUCCCGAUUCAUCCAUGAUGCCUGCGUACGCAAAGUCUGCAAUGAAUGGUUCGACAACCACUCUGAUAGAUGCCGUGGCAUUUGAUAAAGAAGCAUCCAACCCUUUGAUAAUUAUCGAUGGACUGGAAGGCAAGAUCUUAGAGCAGUCGGAAAAGUCAGGUGAUACACAGGAUCGGCAUAUCUCCUGGAAUUUUGAUUACAGGCCGGAUAUUGACCUCCUUUCCAAGAACGAGUUAAUUCAAUAUGUUUCCUCUUCAUACGGUACUCAGCCUGCUCCUUUCAAACUGGAUCAUGAUGUCAAGUUGCUUUUGUAUCUCUGUAUCCUGAGAACAUUGAAUCAGCUAACCGACUCUGAAGUUGCUGAGCUGAAGCCCCACCACAGUAAAUACUUCGAAUGGAUGCAAUACGAAAAAAGCAAGCUUUUCAAUUCAGAUAUGCGCAACGGGUUGGUCAAUAUAAGAGAGCAUAUAGAUGACGAUGCAUUCUACGAAAAACUUUUGAACCGUCUGAACCAUACAAAUGCGAGAGGGAAACUUUAUGCGAUACUCGCAAAGAAUCUUCACGAAAUUCUCACGGGGAAGAUCGAUGCUCUUGAAAUCAUGUUCAAGGAACCAUUAGCGAAAGAGUAUUAUAGAGAGCUAAAUAGAUCUACCAAUAGCUUAUUCAAAACUCUCGCGUAUCUCGACACUCUCGUCCACAAGCAUCCGGACAUGAACAUAUUGGAGAUUGGGGCCGGCACGGGGGGUAUUACAAACUAUCUUCUGGAUGUUCUUGCACAGAACGGCGCUCGUAAUCCUCGUGUUGGUACUCCUCGAUUUGCUCACUAUACAUACACAGAUAUUUCUGCUGGUUUCUUCGAAGGUUCAGCUCCUUUAUUCGAGAAUUUUUCCGACAUGGUUACUUUCAAAGUACUGGAUAUCGAGAAAGAUCCAGCACAUCAAGGAUUUGAAGCCGGGAGCUAUGAUUGUAUAAUUGCAGACAAUGUUCUUCACGCAACUCAGGACCUCGAAAUUACGAUGAAGAAUGUCAGAAAAUUGUUGAAACCAGGAGGAAAGCUUUUACUUUUUGAAUUGACAGUUCCAGAGGUUGUCCGCACAAAUUUCGCGUUUGGUCUGCUCCCUGGAUGGUGGCGCUUUAACGACAAGUAUCGUACUUUGAGUGCUGGUAUCUCAGAUGAGGUAUGGGAUGAAGUACUAAAGAAUACUGGGUUUUCUGGUAUUGACUUCAACUUCAAAGACUAUGAUGAGAAUGAAUGCCAUGAACAUAGUGUACUAGUAUCCACAUCUUGUGACGAUUUCACAAACACAAACCCGCUCCCUUCUACGAUUGCUAUACUCGAUCCGAAAUCCAAUUUACAAAUUAAAACUUACGAAAUACUGCGUGAGAAAUUACAAUCUUUAGGAACCACAGAUAUUGUUUCGGCAACCCUCAGUGAGGCCAUCAAUUUCAAAGAAAACCAGCCAUUUGUUAUUGUUCUUUUGGAACUUGACAGGCCUUUUUUUCGAGAAAUGACCGAGUCCGAGUUUGAAGAACUCAAAACAAUGGUUUUGACUUUUGAGAAUAUUCUAUGGGCUUGCAGGGGCGGAGGAGACAGGCCUGAUUCGCCAGAUUAUGCUCUCGUUCAAGGUGUUUUCCGAGCACUGCGAAUGGAAAACCUAAGGCUCAAAUUUAUCUCUCUCUCAUUCGAGACUUCCUCGACCCACGCAACGCAUCUCGCGAACAAAGUUUUCGAGGUCUACCGAAAAUCCUUCAAUGAAAGUGUGAACGACUACGAGCAGGAAUAUGUAGAACGCAAUGGUAUGAUUUGCAUCGACAGAGUGGUUGAUGCAGACUACAUGAAUCAGAAGCUUGCUACUACAGCAGACGAAAUAUUACGCCGGGACUGUGAAUUUUCCACCGCACCUCCUGUCGCUCUCAGUAUCAAGACUCCUGGUCUACUAGACACGCUCGAGUUCAUUCAGGAUGGUACUUCGGAUAGGGAUCUAGCCGCAGACGUAAUCGAGAUCAAAGUUGAAGCCAGUGGUGUUAAUUUCAGAGACUGUCUAAUCGCACUGGGGAGGAUACCAAGCACGAGCUUCGGUUUCGAGUGCUCGGGUACCGUUUCUCGCACUGGAUGCCGUGCAACUGAAUGGAAGAUAGGUGAUAGAGUGUGUGCAAGCACAAGUGGAACUUAUCAAACCUAUGCUCGUUGCAAGACGAGUAAUGUUAUUCCUAUCCCCGAUAAAAUGUCUUUUAUUGAAGCGGCCGCGAUCCCGGUGGUAUUUAUGACAGCAUACUACGCUCUUAUGCAUGUAGCUCAAUUGAAGAAACACGAAUCGGUUCUGAUACAUUCUGCAGCGGGUGGAACAGGUCAAGCUGCGAUUCAGGUAGCGAAACUCCUGGGCGCUGAGAUUUUUGUGACUGUGGGAUCUGAGUCGAAGAAGAACUUGCUUAUUAGUCUGUAUCAAAUACCGGUGGAUCACAUUUUCUAUAGUCGCGAUUCUAUAUUCGUCAAUGGCAUCAAAAGAAUGACUGGUGAUCAUGGCGGCGUCGAUGUUAUCUUGAACUCGCUCAGCGGCGACCUUCUCGUGGAUACAUGGCAAUGCAUAGCGCCAUUUGGACGAUUUCUCGAAAUUGGCAAGAAAGAUAUCUUAGCGAAUGGAAACCUACCCAUGCUUCCAUUCUCUAGAAAUGCCUCUUUUCAUGCCAUUGAUUUGAACGAGGCCCAGAAAUAUCGACCCGGACUCCUCAUAGAUCUUCAAAGAAGUAUCACUACUCUACUUUCCGACAAUAAGAUCCGACCACCGCAACCUAUCCAAGUUUAUGGAAUUGGAGAGAUUGAAAAGGCUUUUAGGUACCUACAAAGCGGGAGAAACUCGGGUAAGACAGUCAUUCAAGUCCGGGAACAUGAUGUAAUCAAGACUUCCCUUAGAAAACCACUUAACUGGACUUUUUCAGAAAACGCAACCUACAUUAUCGCCGGAGGACUUGGUGGUAUUGGACGAAGUACUGCACAAUGGAUGGCGGACCGAGGGGCAAAAAAUCUAGUCUUGCUUUCACGAUAUGGACCCACAUCAGAAGAGGCAUCACAAUGCGUUGCCAAACUACAGGCUCAAGGGGUACGGGUAGAAAUACCUCAAUGCGAUAUCGCUGAUUUCAAAUCCCUCGAGUUGGUUCUAAAUUGUAUACGUAGAACAAUGCCGCUUAUUAAGGGGUGUAUACAAUCCGCCAUGGUAUUAAGAAGUAGUGUUUUCGAAAACAUGUCCUACUCGGACUGGAGAGAAGCAAGCGACUGCAAAGUUUCCGGAACCUGGAACUUACAUACUCUCCUUCCAAAAGGCUUGGAUCACUUUAUUGUGUACUCUUCCAUCUUUGGUGCUAUUGGUGGGACAGCGUCUGUAAACUAUAGCGCCGCUUGUGCCUACCAAGAUGCAUUAGUACAUUACCGCAAUAAGAUCGGCGAGAAAGCUACGACCUUUAACCUAGGUGUUAUGAUAGACGAUGGCGUUUUGAGAGACAACAUGGCGGUGAGGACUGCGCUACUUGGUACUGGAUACCUAGUUGGUAUAAAGCAAAAAGAGUUGUCUGCUUUGCUUGAACAUCACUGUGAUGCGUUCUUGAGUGUACCGAAGACUCCAUUGAAGUCCCAGAUCAUUGUUGGUAUCGACACCCCUUUGUCGAUAAAGGCACGGGGCAUUGACAUUCCCACCGUGAUGAAACUCCCAAAAUUCAAGGGAACAUGGAAUAUCAACGGAAAAGGGAGAAAAGACAUGAAAGAAGGUGCGAUCUCUGACGUGGCCAGCCAAUUACAUGGCGUGAAUUCUCGAGUGGAAGCGGCUAGCAUUAUUACUAAUGCAUUGAUGGAAAAAUUAACUGUUGCGCUGGCCAUUCCUCUAAAGAAUCUAGAUCCCUCUCAGCCCAUGUAUAUCUAUGGGGUAGAUUCGCUAAUCGCUGUUGAGCUGAGAAAUUGGUUUAGCCAGAAGCUGGACGCUGAUGUUGCGAUUUUUGAGAUCUUAGGAGAGAUAACAUUCCAGAAAAUUGGUUUUUUGGUUGCAAGUAAAAGUAAGCUAGUGGAGUCAAUUUUAGCAGAGACUUAUAAUUUGAAGUAAAUUAGAGGAUUGUCUUUCGAUUAUAUCUUAUAAUCUCGAUUUUUCUUUUUGGAAACACUGAGACUUGAAAAGCUUUAGGGGUUAUAGAAUGAAUAUUCAUAAUCAGUAACUAAGUCUCCCCUUUUGCUUCUUGAAUACUAUCUCUUUA